AUGCCGUAUACCAAGGUUGACCCCGCCAUCGUUGAGGCGCUCGGGUUGGACCCCGCCUGCUCGUCCAUCGCUUCCCAUGGCGGAUCAGGCUUUGCGUCGACUUUCAAGAUAUCGACCACGGUUGACGGGAAGCCAGUCAACUACUUUGUAAAGACUGGUCCUGGAAAGGAGGCCGAGAUUAUGUUUCGAGGUGAACAUGCCUCCCUCAACGCCAUCGCAGAUACAGUCCCCAACUUCUGCCCUCGUUCUCACGCCCAUGGAGCUCUAGCCAACCGCGAGGGACACUUCUUCCUCGUGACCGACUUCCUGGACUUGGGAUCUUCAGCCCCUGGUGGCACGGGCAGGACCCUCGCUGCAAAGCUCGCCCAGCUACACACUACACCCGCACCUAUUCCAGAGGGCCACGAUAAGCCCAUGUUUGGCUUCCAUGUCCCGACGUGCUGCGGAUCUACAGAGCAGGACAAUUCGUGGAAAGAGUCGUGGGCUGACUUUUACGCCGAGAACCGCCUCAGACACAUCAAGCGCGAGGCGGUUCGCAACCACGGCCCAGACCCAGAAUUUGAAAGGCUCAUUGAAAAGGUUGCCUCCAAUGUUGUCCCGCGGUUGAUCGGAGACGACAAAGUCAAGAACAUCAAGCCGGUCGUCAUUCAUGGCGAUUUGUGGAGCGGUAACCAUUCGAGAGGGCAGAUUGCCGGCAAAGGUGGCUGCGAAGAGGUUGUAUACGACCCUGCGGUUGUCUAUGGCCACUCCGAGUAUGAGCUCGGCAUUAUGAUAAUGUUUGGAGGCUUCACCCCUCACUUUUGGCGUGAGUAUCGGCGGCUUGUCCCCCCAGCUGAACCUGCGGGGGAGUGGGAGGAUCGACUGAGGCUAUACGAACUAUAUCAUCAUCUCAACCACUAUGCCAUGUUUGGAGGUGGCUAUCGAUCAGGAGCCACGUCUAUGAUGAAGGGUCUAAUCCACAGGUUCGGAUCGGGAUAG